UUUUCUGAGUCAGAGGAGAGAGAUCCUCUCCUCUCCUCUCUGCUCUGCUCCGCUCCCCUCCCCUCUCCAUCCCAGCUCUCCUGUCAUCCUUUCAGUGUCCUUACCCUCCCCCCAAGUAAUUCCUAUGCUUUAAUACCAUCUAAGAGUCCUUAGUGAGAAGAGGAUCUGCUUGCUAUGCAGGUGCAAGUUUUCAGCACCACAGCACAACAGCAAUGCCACCCGCUCUGCCCUCCUCAGGGCUUCUCUUUGUGAGCCACUUUUUCUUUUCUUCCUUUUCAGCUCCGUGCUGAACAACCCCAUGCAGAUAAUCUGAUUAUGCUAAUUUGUACUUCAUGAACCCAAAGUAAGGGGAUCUGCGAAGGAACAGACUGUUUGUUCAGUCCUGCACCUCUAAGAAGAAUGCCUCUGGACACCAUUUUAUGAAAGCUAAUGGAAGAGGAAAAGAAAAUCCUGAGCAGCUGGAUGAAGCAGGCCCACAGCUGCUGCGUUACCUACCUGUGAUGAAAGGCAUGAAAAUUUGAAAGGAGACAGGACCAGACCUUCUGUAGGAAAACUGGAAAAGGAGGGUAAUUGGUGUGAUGAAGCUGGAAGGUGAGAAAAGGAGUUGUGGAAGUGUCGGUGCGAAGUCCAUUGGCCUGCUGGUUUAGUGCAAUGCUUUAUUGCUUUGGGGGUUCAGUUUUGUCCUCCUUGAUGCUUGGUGAACCUCCAGUUGCAUUUCUGGCAAAGACCAUAAAUAUUCUACUGGCAUCCUCAGUCUGGUAUCUAGUGUUUUACUGCCCAGAAGACAUAUUCUGCCGCUGCUUUUCCUUUCUGCCUCUUCGUCUUCUGGUGGCAGGAAUGAAAGAAGUGACAAGGACUUGGAAGAUCACAGAUGGCAUUGCACAUGCAGACAUUGUCUACAAAGAUGCCUGGCUUGUCAUGGUAGCUGUGGGCUGGGCCAGAGGUGCUGGUGGUGGCCUAAUUUCCAACUUUGAGCAGCUGGUGAGAGGAGUGUGGAAACCUGAAACCAAUGAGCUCCUGCAGAUGUCCUACCCUGUGAAGGCAACUUUGAUAGGAGCAGUUCUUUUCACCCUGCAACGCAGACAAUACUUGCCAAUAGCAAGACACAACCUUAUGUUUUUAUACACCAUCUUUCUUGUUGUCUUCAAGGUAAAAAUGAUGUUGACAAGAUGUGCAACUUCUCCACUUGCUCCCUUUGAGGCUGCAAUGGGCCAAAUGUUUUUUGGCUCACGAAAGAUACCUUCCAAAGUGAAGGGUGAAGGUGCCACAUCUUCCAACGGCUCUUCAGUCUGUGACCAGCCUUCUGAGCAGCACCAUGAGAGUGCUAAGAAAAAACAAGCAAAGAAAACAGAAUAAGUGGCUUAAAAUCCUUGUGAUGGUCAUGAAGAUGUUUGUCUUCCAGAUUAGGCUGGCUGAGAAGUUCCUCUAAGGAAAUGAGAACAGGGCUGUGUUGUGGUUUGCCUUUUGGAAUGUGUUAUGUAAGCUAUGUGUAAAUGCACAUGUUGGAUUUGUGAGUUAAAACUACAAAUUUUUAUGGUGGUUAAAAGUUUACUAAUUUUUGUAUUUAUGAUAACUUCAAAUGCUUAUAUGUUUAAAAGAUAGUUUCAAAAAUGUGACAAUCAUGUAUAUAUUUUUUUCCUACUGUGUCACUUGUUUCACAUCUUCCUAUUCCCCAGUUCUUAUAUUUCAUUUUGAUAACACUGAUUUGUACUGUCAAGUGUUCACUGUAGCACAUCCCAAAUAAGAAAGUAAUUAGAUAAGGCUUAAUCACAUUGCACUGUGUGACACCAUAAAAAUAUACCAAUUUAAUGCCUUUAACUAGAAAAGUAACUGAACUAUUGUUGUAAUUCACAUUGCAUUGGUCUAGAUUUUCUUCAUUCUUAAAGUAAAUAUUUUUAAAUAUU